GUGUUUGCGUCUGCUGCUUUGGUUCCGAGCAUGAUUUUGUUCCCAUUGUAGUGUGUGAGACGCCAUCGUCGUAUACAGUCCCACCAGCUGCAAAAGAUGCCGGGAGCGGACAAGGAGAUGGAGCUUUCCGAGUGGAUGGAAGCCUUCCUCUCGGAACUCAAACGCGGAGGUAGCGGGGCUGGGCCUCCGCCUGGAUCAGGGGAAACUGCCCGAGAUACAGCUUUCUUGCUUCGCAAAAUAACUGCGCAAGCACGCUGGAACAGUGCAGGAGAUUUAAUGGAUAUCAUACGUAAAGAAGGUAGGAGGAUGACAGCGGCGCAGCCUUCGGAAACCACCGUGGGUAACAUGGUGCGGAGAGUGUUGAAAAUCAUCAGAGAGGAGUAUGUCAGAUCUGGUGGCAACAGUGAAGAGGCUGAUCAGCAGGAAUCCUUGCAUAAGCUGCUGACAUCUGGAGGACAGAGUGAGGAUAACUUCAGACAGGCCUUCCCACCGCUCAGAGCCAAUGUCAUUGAAGCCAUCAAUGAGCUCUUAACAGAACUGGAGGGAACUACGGAUAAUAUUGCAAUGCAGGCACUGGAGCACAUUCACUCCAAUGAAGUCAUCAUGACCAUCGGCCGCUCCCGUACGGUGGAGGAGUUCCUGGAGGUUGCAGCUCGAAAGAGGAAAUUCCAUGUUAUAGUGGCAGAGUGUGCACCAUUCUGUCAAGGCCAUGAAAUGGCAGCCAGAUUAGCUAAAGCUGGCAUUGAAACUACAGUAAUUACAGAUGCAGCAAUAUUUGCAGUAAUGUCCCGAGUCAACAAGGUAAUUAUUGGCACUCAGACAGUCCUUGCAAAUGGUGGAUUAAGGGCAGUGAAUGGUACCCACACUCUUGCUCUUGCAGCCAAACAUCACUCUACUCCACUUAUUGUCUGUGCUCCCAUGUUUAAGCUAUCACCACAGUUUCCGAAUGAAGAGGACACAUUCCAUAAGUUUGUUUCCCCGCAGGAGAUCUUGUCUUUCACAGAAGGUGAGAUACUCUCAAAAGUGAACGUGCAUAGUCCAGUUUUCGAUUACGUUCCUCCAGAACUUAUAACAUUAUUUAUUUCUAAUAUCGGGGGAAAUGCUCCUUCCUAUAUUUAUAGACUGAUGAGUGAACUUUACCACCCAGAAGAUCACGAACUGUAAUUUCUGAAACAGUCAUAAAUAAAUAAAAAGACAAUAAAAUAUA